UGUUUUGCAUUGAAAAUUUAGAGAGUUCAUUUCAUGAACUUUUUCGCAUCUUUACUUUCUACUACAUCAACUCAUUCAGUUUUAAUUUUAACUUUGUUUUAGUUUCAACUUGUUGAUUAUUUGAUCUUAAUCAAAAUUAAAAUCUUCUAUUUCGAUUGUUUGUGAUUUUGAUAUCAAUUCGUGUUCAUUUCUCGUUCAACAAUGUAUUUUGCUGGUAUUGAAGGAGGUGCAUCAAAUUCAAAUAUUACCUUGAUUCGUGGUGAUGGUGAAAUUGUCGCUCAAAUUGAAGGUGGCCCAGAGACUAAUUAUUUGAUACUUGGUGUAGAGGAAUGCCAGAAACGGAUAGUUAAAUUAAUUGAAGAAGCUAAAAAAGCUGCUCAACUGGAUGAAGACAUCGUUCUAGAAGGAUUGGGACUUUGUAUGACCGGCUGUGAAGAAGAUACAGCUAAUCGGGAAUUUGCUGAAUCGAUGAAAAAAAGAUAUCCUCAAUUAUCCAAAUCAAUAAGUGUUGAAAGUGAUACAAUUGGAUCUUUAUUAACAGCUUGUACUAAUGGAGGAAUAGUAAUUAUUUCUGGAACAGGAUCCAACUGUUUGCUUGUAAAUCCUGACAACAAAACUCAUCGUUGUGGAGGCUGGGGACAUUUAAUUGGCGAUGAAGGAUCUGGUUAUUGGAUUGUUCAAAGAGCAAUUAAAACAAUUAUUCAACAUGAAACCAAUUUCAAUAUAUGUCCAUUUCCCAUCGAAAAAGUGCGCCAAACGAUUUACGAAUAUUUCAAUGUCAAUGAUUCUUUAGGACUAAUCGCACCAACCUACAUAGAUUUUGUUAAAUCUCGUUUCGCCGGCCUUUGUGUUCACUUAGCUAAAGUUGCUGAUGAAGGUGACAAAUGCGCCCAGAAAUUGUUUUAUGAUGCUGGAACUAUGUUAGCUCGUCAUAUUGUUGCACUUGGUCCUAAAAUUGAUCCUGCCUUAUUAAAUAACCAGGAUGGACUAACUGUCGUCUGUGUUGGCUCGGUGUUUAAAAGUUGGAAACUUCUCAGGCAAGGUUUUAUCGAUGAAUCUCAAACUCUUGGAAUAGCAUUGAAUUUGGUCAGAAUAACUCGUCCAUCAUCUUUGGGUGCCACAUAUUUGGCAGCAAGAGACGUAGGAUUUAAUUUACCAGUUUCUUCAACUCCCAGCACCGAAUCGAUUGAAAAAAUCAUUCCGACUAUUAUACAUAAAGACAAAAAUGUGAUCAAUUCCUCUGUAUGUAACAUAAUGUGAUUAUUGGUUGGCCCUAACUUAAAGUCCACUAAUUCAUUAAUAUCAUAAUCAUUAUUCUAUAUAUUUGUUACUUUAAUAAUGUUUAUUCUGUAAUUACAUGCUCAAGAUAUAUUUCAACGAUUGUAAAUUUUACCCUCGAAAAAUAUUUUCUCCCUGAUUUCUGGAUUUUGUAUAUUCUAUACCAUUUUCACAUUUCCAUGCCUUAAUUACAAUCGUUUAUAUGUUGACUAAUACAAAGAAUUAUAUCAAUUAUUACUUAGAAGCUUCAUUAAAUUAACCUGAUGAAAUGAAA